UCAAUGGUUGAAUGACUGUGUCAAGAUGGAGUCGUGUUCAGCAUGCCUAAGGUCACGUGACAGCUGCUCCGGUAAACAUACGUCAUAUCCGUGUGGCGGCGCUGCGGCCUCAGCGGCUAAAGGAAGCAGGUGUGGUUGUGUCAGAGGAGGCAGUAAUCUCUCCUCUCUGUUCGUGUUGUUUUGUUUGUGUGACUGAAGAUGGCGUCCAGCUCGGAGCGUAGCCCUCCUCCUUUCCCCGACUCCGAGGACCAAGACGUGCUGGAUACCGAAGAAGUCCGAGGCCGAGACAGCGAUGACGACGAGGAGGACUUCUUCACCAGCUCUAGCAACACUCCACUGAGCAAAGAGGACACUACAGCAGGAUCUGCCAGUCAGUCAAGUGAUUCUUUAAUCAUCAGCAGCCAAACAGGAAACCAGUCAGCCGGAGGACCCUCUGAAGAGUUUGAGGACCUGAUAAAAAACGUAGAUGCCGGUACAGCUGAAAAGCUUUUCGAUGAAUUCUCGGAUGAUUUUGUUGACAUAGUGAGAAGUGAAGCUGCGGUACAAAAAGAGGAAGUAGACGGAGGAAAAGGCGAAGUGGCCAGUGGCAUAAAGGAUCCACAAACAACUUCCACUGCUCCAGUUAUUGAUAUGAAUGUUGAUCUGUCGACCAGCAGUGAGCAGCAGCCACCUGUCAGUGAGGAAAUCUCAGACCCCCUGGUUGACCUCGUCUGUGAUCCAUCAGUUCCUGCCGAUGCCAAAAAUCCCAGUGCAGCCAUGAUGGAUCUUUUUCAGGAUGAGGGAAGCAACAUUUUCACAGAAACUCAGCCGACUAAAGCUGACAAGCUGCCUCAGAAAAGCCUGUUCGGUGACCCUGAUGAGGAUCUGUUUAGUGAGCCGCUGGGUGCCGUCUCUAAGAAACCAACCAGUAAGGAACAUGCUCCCAAACCUGCAGCUGCUGCUGGAGAACCUUUGCAAGGCAAUACACCCACAGAUAUUUUUACAGAGGAACAUGUCCCCACAGUCCCAAAAACCAGGAACACCAGUGCUGCCAUCUCCAAAACCAAUGGAGUCCACUCUGAGGAAAGCCCAGACAUAUUUGCUGCAGAAGCCACAGUGGAGCUUUCUCUCGACAGUCCGCAGAACAAGAGAAAGAAAGAGGCAACGAGCAAACCUUCUGCUUCCUCAUCUUCGUCAUCUUCCUCCUCGCUGUCAGCAGCUGCCAGCCUGGCCAAGCCUCAGUUCUCUGCCUUGGAAGAGUUAGAGGAGGAACAGCAGGAGGAACUGGAAGACAAGUUUGACCUUUUUGUUUCUGUGAAAGACCCAGAAAAAAUAGGUGAUGGGAUGAAUGCCUACAUGGCCUACAAAGUGUCCACAGAGACAACACUGCCCAUGUUCCACAACAAAACAUUUACAGUGAAGAGACGUUUCAGCGACUUCCUAGGCCUGUACGAAAAGCUUUCUGAAAAGCAUGGAUCAAGUGGACUCAUUGUUCCUCCGCCUCCAGAGAAAAACCUCUUAGGGAUGACAAAGAUGAAGGUGGGAAAGGAAGACUCUUCCUCUGCAGACUUUCUGGAAAGAAGAAGAGGUGCUUUGGAAAGGUAUCUCCAGAGGGUAGUGAAUCACCCGAUGCUUCUUCAAGAUCCUGACGUCAGAGAGUUUCUUGAGAAAGAGGAGUUGCCUAGAGCUGUGAGCACUCAGGCACUGAGUAGCGCUGGCUUCCUUAAGAUGAUUAGUAAAGCAACAGACGCCGUCAGUAAAAUGACCAUCAAGAUGAACGAGUCUGACGUGUGGUUUGAGGAGAAGCUUCAAGAGGUGGAGGCUGCGGAUCAGCAGUUCAGGAAGCUCCACACUAUGGUCGAGUCACUGGUCUUUCACAGAAAAGAGCUCUCACUGAACACGGCAAGCUUUGCUAAAAGUGCAGCCAUGCUGGGCAGCGCAGAGGACAACACCGCUCUUUCCCGUGCCCUGUCUCAGCUGGCCGAGGUGGAGGACAAGAUGGAGCAGCUACAUCAAGACCAAUCUGCUAACGACACCUUUGGAUUUGCUGAACUCAUCGCAGACUACAUCCGCCUGUUGGGAGCCGUCAGGGGGACAUUUGACCAGCGGAUGAAAGCAUGGCAGCGCUGGCAGGAUGCUCAGACCAUGCUUCAGAAGAAGAGAGAGACCGAGGCUAAACUGCUCUGGACCAACAAACCGGACAAGCUGCAACUGGCCAAAGAGGAGAUCGCUGAGUGGGAAGCCAAAGUGACUCAGUAUGAGAGAGACUUUGAGAGAGUUUCUGCAACUGUGCGCAAGGAGGUGACCCGAUUUGAGAAAGAGAGGACCAAGAAUUUCAAAAGACAAAUCGUUAAAUACUUGGAGUCUCUGCUUCAGUCUCAGCAGCAGCUGAUGAAAUACUGGGAGGCGUUCUUACCUGAAGCUAAAGCCAUCGCCUGAUCUUCUGAACCACAAACAGUCUGCCUCCUUCUUCUCCACUUUACCUCUUCUGCCUUCAAACCAACAAAAAUCUGCUUCUAAAAGGGAAAGACAAUCAAACCUGUUUUUUUAAACAUCCUAAAUAUAUAAAUCUAUAUUCUAUUCUAUAUUUUCAUUUAACUUUCCACAAAUAUUUUCUUAUGAGAGCAGAAACGAUACAGACCAUAAAACAGUGAUCUGCUGUGAGGAUGAUCCUUUCACUUCAUGUGUAGUUUAUCGUUUACAGCUGUUUCUGUGGAACCAGAUCCUCACAUUUUGUUUUUCCUUAAUCAGAUGUUUCAAAAAGGGAUAUAAAGACCAGUUAUGAGCACUUCUAACAGCUGACUAAUGUACUUAAGUUUCAGCAUUUGCAUUUACUUAGAGAUUGAAGUAAAAGAUGCAGGAAGAGAUUUGUUGUUACAUGUAGGUGGAAUUUGAGACAAACUUUGUCUGUGCCUUCUGUGUGCCUUUUUUUGCCUUCAGACACUAGUUGGACCAAAAUCUGGGCAGAGCUGUAACAUCCCGUUAAAUUAAAUUCCUCCUGUUGGUCCUGAAUGAAAACCUA